AUGACUGUAGGUGAAUGUUCUCAGAAGUGCUACGACAUCUUUGUGUUGGAGACGGUUUGCGUUGCUUGGUUUUCCUUUGAGUUCCUCCUGCGCUCCAUUCAGGCAGAAAGCAAGUGCGCCUUCCUAAAGACCCCCCUCAACAUCAUCGACAUCUUGGCCAUCUUGCCUUUCUACAUCUCUCUGAUAGUGGAUAUGGUCUCUGCCAAAAACAGCAACAGGAAGCCCGGCAGUGGAGCAGGAAACAAGUACUUUGAGCGAGUGGGCCUGGUUCUACGCUUCUUGCGGGCUCUCCGCAUCCUGUAUGUCAUGAGGCUGGCACGGCAUUCACUGGGACUGCAGACACUAGGGCUCACUGUGCGCCGCUGCACCAAGGAAUUUGGACUCCUCCUCCUCUUCCUUUGUGUUGCCAUGGCGCUCUUUUCUCCACUGGUUUAUUUGGCAGAGAGCGAACUGGGAGCCAAGCAAGAAUUCACUAGCAUUCCCACCAGCUAUUGGUGGGCUGUAAUCUCCAUGACAACUGUAGGCUAUGGAGACAUGGUACCUCGGAGCAUCCCGGGACAGGUAGUAGCCCUGAGCAGUAUCUUGAGUGGUAUUUUGCUGAUGGCUUUUCCAGUCACUUCCAUCUUUCACACUUUUUCCCGCUCCUACACAGAGCUAAAGGAACAGCAGCAGCGAGCUGCAAGCAGACAGUUGCACCAGCUAGAGGAAACCACCAGAUCCCCAAAUGGUGACAGUUCUCAGGGACUGGGUACCUCCUCCCCACUAGACACAGCUGGGGCGUGGCAUCAGCCAGCAGUGAACCAGGAAGACAAGAGGAAGUGUUGACUGCAAACAACUGAAAGAUUUAGCCAGCAGCACUGAACUAGCAAACGAGAGAGUUCCAGAUCUGAAACAAAACCCUAUGGAACGAACAUAAAUCGGUAUACAGUGAGACCUGUCCAAGAGACUGUCCUUCUUGAGUAACUUUUAGUCUCUCUAAAAACAACGUGGAGUACCGUUCUGCUCCCUCUGUCAUAGAAGGCCGCUUUCAUUAAGCAACUGAUUUUGUGCAGCCCCCAAGGAGCAGUUGCUUAAGUCAGGUUUCUACUCUGUCUGCUAACAAGAAAAAAUAAAUUUGGAGAGAGAAUUCAUCCUAAGGGUCCAUUGCUGGGGGAAAUAAGGGUGCCAUAAGCUUCCUGGUAGCCCUACUCUGUGCUGAGAAUGUCCCAAAACCCUUAUUCCCUAUGCACAAUGGAUUCAAUCUAUGUGGCACCACCAUGGGGUGUACAUCUCCAAAUGUAAAGGGGAAAGUUGAAAGAUGGGGGAGAGAGGCCUGCCUUGGCCAGCAGAAGGGCAGAUUUAUCCCUAUUCCCUAGUCUUUUAAUAAAUAGUGAUAAUUUAUUUUAUUAAAUUGGGAACCAUAAUCUGGGCUGCCUGCUGACAGGUCUGCCUUGUGCUCUUUAUGCAUUAUUUAGUAAACAUGCAUAUCUACAAUAGUAGGCUUUGCACCUGAGCCCUGAUGACAGAACUAUACAUGGACAACCUUGUUAAUGAUACUAAUGUCAACUUGUUUUCCUUUGCUCACAUUUGCAUAUGGCUUAAAAAAUGUGUUCCUCUGUUAGCUGCCUCCUUCCUGUGUUUUAAAGACUGUUUAACAUUUAAGCAAAAAUUAAAAGCAUCUGCCCAGUAGGGUGGGGUAGCCUUAUGGUAAGGCAGGAUGGGAAUAGUUGCAGAGACUUAUGGCUGUAGUUUUCUGCAGUUGUACUUUGAAGACUGCAGCUCUAUACAAAGGGCUUGAUCCAAACCCAUUAAGGCAAUGGGAGACUUUCCAUGGACUUUGGGGAUCAAGCCCCAAAGCAGCAGCAGCUCACCUGUUAGGGAAUAAUCUUGGGAAGAGAUGAUAUUUUUAGACCCAGGUUACAACUGUCCAUCCCUCCCUUCCCCCUAGUUUUCAUUCCAAAAGAUCACUGCAUUUAAACAAAAAGUCUGUGCCACAAAAACUCAACCAUUUUUUGUUUACUGAAUCAAAAUUUUCAUAUCAUGAGCAUCUGUGAGCUCUCUGCCCCAUGCUGCUAGUUCAGUUCAGCAUGUAGCGUACAGCUGGAUAGAUUCCUAAUACUGGGUAUCAUUUAAGAAAAACAACAUUGACAGGCACCUCAUUCUUUACUGAUGUAGGAACAUUGCACUGCCCUUUUCUGUUCCACCCCAGCUGUCAGGAAAUGAACAAAUAUUCAUAUAUUACAGAUGGGUUUUUUCCCCCAAUGGAGACAAGAAUAACCUUCCACUAGAAGAUGACUGUAGUAAGCCAUUCCUCAAAGGAAUGGACUGAAAGACAUAAGGUUGUUUUAUUUUAAUAAAAACUGGAAGUUUUGUUCCUG